UGCUUCACUGGAUGCACACAGACUCAGCAGAAGGAGGAAAAAAAAACUACAGUGCUGUGGAGCUCCGCUGGAUUUGGAUUACAGCAAAGUACAUCCACCUUUGCACACUUCAGCAUUUAUGAAGAGGAUUGCUGUGCCAGUCUCGCAAGAAAUGUCCACAUUGGAUAUACUUAACCUUGGAUUGUAGGAGUAUUUAUAACAGAGAAGCUGCCGUUGCUCUUUGUUGCGUGAAAACUGUCUGAGGAUCGACUGUUAAUCGACUGAUCAACAGCAAAUAAUUGCUCAAGAACACGGUGGGCUUCCUCCUGUCUCUCCACUCUUAUCUGGCCACGGUUCUACAGGUUGAGACGAAGUUUCAAAGAUGACUACCAUGCAAAAGCUGCUGCAGCUGCCGGUGAACGCGGUGAACAUUGUGAAGACGGUGCAGAGCCAGGUCCAAGGCCAGGAGGAGGACAAGAGCCCCGUGCUGACCCCUGAUAGUGGGCAGCAUUCCUGGUACAAUGCCCUCCAGCCUGACGAACUGCGCCACCUCCGAUCUGGAGGUACAGGAGGAGGUGGAGGUGGAGGAGGAGACCAGGAGGAGCGAGCCCCACUGGAGGAAGGUGGUGGAGGUGGCAGUAGUGGUGGCACUUUCCAAACUCAGCCACUACGACACGACGACUUAAAAGAGAUGCUGGACAGCAACAAAGACUCCCUAAAGCUGGAGGCAAUGAAACGGAUCGUGGCUAUGAUCGCCCGAGGUAAAAAUGCAUCAGAUCUGUUCCCUGCUGUGGUGAAAAAUGUGGCCUGUAAAAACAUAGAGGUGAAGAAGCUGGUCUAUGUUUACUUGGUGCGUUACGCUGAGGAGCAGCAGGAUCUCGCUCUGCUCUCCAUUUCCACGUUCCAGCGAGGCUUGAAGGAUCCAAACCAGCUGAUCAGAGCCAGCGCCCUGCGAGUCCUCUCCAGCAUACGAGUUACAAUCAUUGUUCCCAUAAUGAUGUUGGCUAUCAAAGAAGCUGCUUCAGAUAUGUCUCCUUAUGUCAGGAAGACAGCUGCUCACGCAAUCCCCAAACUGUACAGUUUGGAUCCUGAACAAAAAGACCAGCUGAUUGAAGUCAUAGAGAAACUCCUCGCUGACAAAACCACGUUGGUGGCAGGAAGCGUCGUUAUGGCCUUUGAGGAGGUUUGUCCAGAACGCAUCGACCUGAUCCACAAGAACUACAGGAAGCUGUGUAAUCUGCUCAUCGAUGUGGAGGAGUGGGGUCAGGUUGUCAUCAUCAACAUGUUGACGCGUUACGCUAGAACCCAGUUCCUCAACCCAAACAUCAACGAGUCCCUGCUGGAGGAGGGAGGCGGUGGGGAGAAGACCUUCUACGGCUCAGAUGAAGAUGAGGAUGAAGACGAGGAGGAGAAGGAGAAGAAAGCCGAGGUUGCUGCCAUGGCCAAGAGGAAGCCGUACGUGAUGGAUCCAGACCACCGACUGCUGCUGAGGAACACUAAGCCACUCCUGCAGAGCCGCAACGCAGCUGUGGUGAUGGCUGUGGCUCAGCUGUAUUUCCACCUUGCUCCUAAAGCAGAGGUUGGUGUGAUCGCAAAGGCCCUGGUCCGUCUUCUGAGGAGCCACAGUGAAGUCCAGUAUGUCGUCCUUCAGAACGUGGCAACAAUGACCAUUAAGAGAAGGGGCAUGUUCGAACCAUACCUGAAGAGUUUUUACAUCCGCUCCACAGACCCAACUCAGAUCAAAGUCCUGAAGCUCGAGGUCCUCACUAAUCUAGCCAAUGAGACCAACAUUUCUACCAUACUCAGAGAAUUUCAGACAUAUAUUAAAAGCAUGGACAAAGAUUUUGUGGCUGCAACAAUCCAAGCAAUUGGCCGCUGUGCUACCAACAUCGGUGAGGUGAGGGACACGUGUCUGAACGGUCUGGUGCAGCUACUGUCCAACCGAGAUGAGCUGGUGGUCGCAGAGUCGGUGGUUGUUAUCAAGAAGCUGCUGCAGAUGCAACCAGAGAAGCACAGCGACAUCAUCAAGCACAUGGCCAAACUAACAGACAACAUCCAGGUGCCGAUGGCGCGGGCCAGUAUCCUGUGGCUGAUUGGAGAAUAUUGUGAACAUGUACCUAAGAUUGCCCCGGAUGUUCUCAGGAAGAUGGCCAAGUCAUUCACUAACGAGGAGGACAUUGUUAAGCUGCAGAUUAUCAACUUGGCUGCCAAGCUGUAUCUCACUAACUCCAAACAGACCAAACUGCUGACGCAGUACGUCCUCAACUUGGCCAAAUACGAUCAGAACUACGACAUCCGUGAUCGGGCGCGUUUCAUUCGGCAGCUCAUUGUGCCCACUGAGAAAAGUGGAGCCCUCAGCAAGUAUGCUAAAAAACUGUUCCUCGCCCUCAAACCUGCACCUGUCCUCGAGUCUCCAUUUAAAGAUCGAGACCACUUCCAGUUGGGUUCAUUGUCCCACCUGCUGAAUGCCAAGGCUGGGGGCUACCAGGAGUUGCCUGACUGGCCUGAAGCCGCCCCUGACCCCUCCGUGCGCAACGUGGAGGUGAAGGAGUCUGUUUUUACGCUGCUUGAAAGAGUCACAACAUUAACGAGUGUGCCUGAAUGGACCAAAUGCAGCAGCCGCGAGAAAAGGAAGGAGAAGAAGGUGGAGAAGCCGUUCUACUCCGACUCUGAGGGCGAGUCUGGGCCGACGGAGUCCGCUGACAGUGAGUCGGACUCUGCCAGCGGCUCGGAAAGCGGCAGCGGCAGCGAGGAGAGUGGGUCGGGAUCAGAGAGCGAAGAGAGUGAGGAAGGCUCUGAGUCUGAGGAAGAGGAGGAGGAAGAGGAGGAGAAGGACAAGAAGAAAAAGAAGAAAGAAUUAAAGAAGCCAGUGCCAGAAACUGAAAGCGAGCAGAGCAGCGAAGAGGAAGACAGGAAGAUCAAGAGGAAGAGUAAACAACGCAAGAGCGACUCGGAGUCCGAGUCUGACGAGGAUGAGGAGAGCGAGUCUGAAAGCAGCCAAUCAGAGUCUGAAGACUCCGAGUCUGAGAUAGAGGUCAAGAAGAAGAAAAAGACAGCUGAAAUGAAACCUCCCUCCAAACCUGUCAAGAAAGAGACCAAGAAAGAGAAGAAAGAAAUGUCUCUGCUCGACCUUGAUGAUUUCGAACCUGCUCCCUCACCUCAAGUCACACCAGUCAACACCUUCCUGUCCAACAGCCUUGUGACUGACCUGGAGGGGCUGUCUUUGUCUGAUUCUGUUCUCUCCCCUGCUACCAUCGCUCCCUCCAGCGUGCUGAAGAACUACGAGCUGCUGCACCGGAUCACAGGAGAGGGUCUGUCGGUGGAGUACUGCUUCAGCCGGCAGCCUUUCAGCCCCGACGCCAACAUGGUGGCGGUGCAGAUGCAGUUCACCAACAGCGCCACCUCCGACACCAAGAACCUGCACAUGGAGGACGUGAAGCUCCAGUCUGGAAUGAGAGUGAAAGAGUUCCCAGAGAUUGAGCUGCUGUCAGCAGGUGAGACGGCCAUGGCUGUGAUGGGCAUCGAUUUCUGUGACUCAACACAAGCAGCGAACUUCCAGCUGUGCACUCACACCAGGAAAUUCUUUGUGUCGAUCCAGCCGCCAGUCGGCGAGCUGAUGAGGCCCAUCUUCCUGACAGAGAACGAGUUUAAAAAGGAGCAAGAGAAGCUAUUACAGAAUCUAGGUCAGCUGAUGGGUAUGAAUGAGAUCACAGAGAAGCUCACUCUGGACGCCAAGUGCCGGAACGAACACGCCAUCGUCCAGAGAGUGACCACCGCCGCCAACCUCAGCAGAGUCCCCUGUGGGUCGGAUAAGGAGUGCAGUCCUCCUGUUCCUCCUCCUGAUCAUCCUGUCUACAGGUUUGCCGGCAGGACGGUGACUAGCAGCAGCUUGGUGCUGGUCACCGUGGCGACCAAAGAGGAAGGAGCCGCCCAGCUGACGGUCAACUGUGAGAAAAUGGUGAUCGGCACCAUGCUGGUGAAGGACAUCCUCCUGGCUCUAACGCAGUGACGUGAGCCAGCGCUCGAGCUCUGAACUCCGCCCCGUCACUCCAGCCACCUCUCACGUGUCGUCAAGACUCAUCGGUGUAGCAUCUCCUGCGUUCUCCUGCAAGCCUGUCUGUGAGGAAGUUUCCAGAAUGCUUUUGUUGUUUUGUUAAAGAGCCCUAAACUUUUAGAAAUGACUCCUAGAAACGCUGAAUGCCACAGCUGUUCCUGAUGACAAUCAGAUAUGACUUUCUGCAUCAUUGUUCAAAAAGUUAUCUUUUGUUAAAACCAUUUUCCUUUGUUAAAGAGCUGAUUGGACUCAGGCUUUUAGGGAAAGAAAAUGAAUAGAGCAGUGAUGUGGGCAUCCUUCAAGUAUUUAAAAUACUUUAGAUGUAAAAUAACCAUUCAAAUUUCUCCAAGAGUGAAAAUAUUGUCAAAAUUUGCUCCCUGGGUAAAGAUUACAGGAGCUAGAAGAUUUGUUUGUGGGAACAGCAGUUUGACAAAAAAAAAAAAAUGACAUUUUCUGAAGCUUUCAACCACAGUUUGUGAUUUUCCUCAGUGGAUGCAGUUGUACAGUUGUGAUGGACUGUAUGAAUACUGUCUUUAAAAAUCAAACCAAAAUCAGCCCCAGCAUCAGUUAGAAGAAGGAUAAAGUGAUUAAUGAUGUCCACUACAGAAAGCCAAACAGUUAUACUCUCAGAUGUAUUUAUUGAAUGAAACUGUCUGUUAAAUGGAAUUGGAGAAUUUUCUGAAAUAGAAAUACUUUAUUACAACUAUAGACGCCUGUCCCCAGCCAAGCACUGUUAUUCAGUCCAAAUAAACCCAAAGUUAUUGGCCAUAACAAUAACAAUAAUAAUAAUAAUAAUAAGUGGUAUUUCAGCUACACUGCCUCUAUGACAAAUGAGCAACUCCAUCUGUGGAAGAAAAAACAAGAGCUUCUGAACACAAGAACGAUUUCAGUCAAGCAGGCCUUUCUGAUGUAAAGAUUAAAACAAAGCAAUAAACUGCUGCUGGAUUAUUACAACAAUGUCCAAUCCUGAGAAAGUAAAUUUUAAAAAGGAUCAAAAUUGAAUUCAUAUUUUCUUAUCUAAUGGAGUUUAGGGGGGAAUGUGUAGAAAUGCGAUGCCCACAAAUCUCACAGCAGUUUUAAGUUUGAGCUUGUCAGUUAUCAGCUAUCAGACUAUUUUAAGAUGUAGAUACUAUAGGUGAUAUAAAGUAGGUAUGAGAUUAUAUAACCCCUUCAAAAAAAACAAUUCACAACAAGAAACAGAGACUGUAAGAUCAGUAUAAUCAAUUCUCAUCCAGUUAUUUGAAGACGUUACUUAAAUACAGGAUGACGGCUCGACUGAGAUGACAACUACCUGUAACUCGAUUAUUCCGUUUUGGCACAAUAAAUAUUGUUAAUCAGUAACUCCAGGGUCCAAAGGAACAAAGAUGCAUUCUCAUUUCAAAUUAUGUGAUUGUAGCAUUUGCCUAGCUGUCAAACUGCACACAUCCAUCACAAUAAGUGGGGCAUUUCUGAAAACUGAAGCUGUAUAAAUGUUGUCGUACUGCAACAUGUAAUGCAGUACUGCUAUAAGGUGUGUGUGUGUGUGUGUGUGUGUGUGUGUGUGUGUGUGUGUGUGUGUGUGUGUGUGUGUGUGUGUGUGCGUGUGUGUGUGUGUGUGGAUGUGAUGACACCGAAUACUGACCUGAGAAACAUUAAGUAGCUGUUUUCAGUAUACAUUUCGUAACACUUGACUUGAAAUCAUCGAUUUAAUCAUCCGCCCAGUGACAUCAGUGCUUGACCAAACAUCAAAAUCUUCAUUUUACUGAUUUUUUGUCUGAAAAAUGGACAAAUCCACUUAACAAAAGUCCCUAAAAUCUAGGGUGUUGUCAAAAGAUGACACCAUUAAUGAUUAAUCUACCAGUCAUUUUCUCAGGAAAGUGCUUUUGGGUCCCAGAAAACUUCCACUAAAUUCACAGUUCAUGCUUUAUUUUGAAACUUGAAAUUUUGGGAAAGAUAUGAGAAGAUGUGCUACUGUGGUGUUUAUUUUGGGGCUGUCACAGUAACAGAUUGGAACCAAUGAUGUAACGUAAGCAGAUCAAAUUCAUCUGGUGUCAACAUUUUAUUGUUUAAUAUAUGUAGCUUACAGAUAUGAGAGUGACAUCUUCUCGUGUGACUUGACAAAUAAAGCAAAGAAUAUUUAUCAAAAAUGUCAAAAUUAUUCAUCAAGAACUCUAAUGUAGUCUUUCCUCCUUAAACACCAGCUUAAAUAGCAUAAUUAAGCUUCCUAAAAGCUUUUACUAAAGCAUGAUUCACUUAUCUUUAUGUAAAGUUAAUUUGAAAUCCUUCAUAUUGAUGUCAAACGUUCUCAAGUCAAGUGCUACUUUGAUCUCACUCAUUAGUUUUUCAUGACGUUCAUUACGUCUUGAUUUCAGGUGAAAGGUCGUGUGGCUUUUUUUUUGUUCUGAUCUCUCAUGUGUUCAGCAGCUGCACAUUUCUUAACAUUUUUUCUGUGUAUUUAUUUUUACUGUUGAAAAUGUAACAGUCAGCUACCAAAGAAGUAUGUUCCAGUCAUACUUCAGAAGUGGGAGACUGACUUCAUUUUGGCCUUUUUUGUACCUGUUGCUUUUUCUGCCGUCUAACUGCUCACAUCUGAAACUUCCAGUCACUGCAGCACAGUCAUGAAGAGGAAUGUAAAGAGUAAGAAAUUCUACUUUUGAUGUAAAAACCCCAUGAAAAAAAACUGCUUUCACAGAAACUGCUGGGUAAAUAUUCUCCAAAUAUCUGGCCAUUUGUUUCAUGUGCAUCUGCUUUCAGAUAUCCAGAGUACGGUUUAUCGUACCUUGUGUGUGGUUGUGAAAUGUGGUCCUGAGGUAUUACAAGUUUAUUUAUUAUACAAAUAAAAGUACAGAUACA